AUGCAGGUCGCCCCCAAGUGUGUGCCCGGUCCGCUAGCCAAGGGCAACGCCGGGGCCGUGGACAUGUCCUGGCAGGGCCUGCUUGCAUACGGGUGCCACUCGGCCGUCGUCGUCGUCCACCCCGACUCGCUCGAGGUGGUCCAGUCGCUGGACGCAGUCUCGGACGAGCCCGUCUCGCUUCUCCGCUGGUCGAGUGAGCCGCUGUCAGACUCGUUCGACCAGCCGUACUAUCUCAAGCUCGCCGCCGUCGACGCUCUUGGCGCUAUCACCGUGUGGAACGUGGCCGACGGCCUGCCCAUGGUCCGCUGCCCGCCGGCCCGCCCUCUUGUCGACCUCCUCUGGCUCCCGGCCGGCCACCUGCUCGCCAUCGAAACCUCGGGCCGGCUUGUGCUGUACAACACCGAGGCUGGCACCAGGGUUUGGGCCUACGGCCUUCCCGAGCCCAUGAACGCCGCUGGUCUCGACCCAUUCCACGACACGGUCCUUCUCCUCACCGCCGCCUCGGGCUGGGUCUAUUGCGUCACCGACUGGACGCUCGAGCUUCCGCCGGCCUCGGUCGUCCGAAAGUACCGCAUUUCUGACGCGGCGCCUGCCCCGGCCGACCCGCUCGACCGCAGUAUGUCCGAUGUCGAGCCCGGCGCCGUCCCGCAGCCGGCCUCGGGCUCCUCGCGCAUCGCCAAGUUCUCGUCGUUCAUCAACAGGCUCGGCUCGUCAGGCUCACCGCCGUCGUCGAGCCCGCUCUCGUCGUCUCCACCGCUGGCCGGCGGCGUUGCCAGCCGCAAAGAUCCUCACUUGGCCAUGCCGGCGCAGCUGGCCAUGAACCGCCGGUCGCGGUCGCUGAGUCCGCGGACCGUGGCAUCAGCGAGCGCCGCAGCGGCAGCCACCCGCGUAGAGCCGCAAGGGGGCGGCAAGCUUGUCGACGUCGUGUACUCACUCUCCACUCCGUCGAUCGUCUACUUUGUGCUCCAGUGGGAGAUCCUCCUCUUUGACCUCGUUCUUGAGCAAGCGCUCUGCGCGAUCCAACUUGACCGCAAGCGCUACGCUCCGCUCACCCGCAUCUAUGUCCUUCGCAACGAUCCGUCGCUCCUCUACGCGCUUCAUGCCGACGGCCUUGUUGUCUGCCGCUCCACUCCUCCAAACGCGUUUGAAUACUCGGUUGUCUGGGCCUCGUCGGCGCUGCGCAAGUCGUCCGUCUCUGGCGGUCCGCUUGGCCAUGUCUACGGCGCUGCCAUGGCACCGCUCUCGCCGCAGCGCAUGGCACUGGUCACCUCACUUGGCGCCGUCGCCAUCCUCGAUCUUAUCUCACCACACAACGCCUCGCCCCGCCUUGCCCUCACCGGCACGCACGAAGGGCUGACCCGCAAGCUCUCGGUCCUUGCCGUCGCGCCCGACGGCCUCACUGCCGCGGUCGGCUCGGGCGAUGGUCUUGUUCAGCUCGUUCAUCUUGGUUCGGGGGAGGUGGAACGGACGUGGGCCGUCUUUGACACAGCGGUCAUGGGCCUUGCUUGGGCUUCGUCAUCGUGCCUUGUGGCGUACACCCGCGACGGCACCCCGUCGUGGGCUGACCCGACCAAGCUUGUCUCGUCGUCAGGCUCGGCUGAGUUUGCCAACGCCCUUGUUGCGCUCAACAUCGCCUCUGGCCGCGCCUUGCCGCUGCGGACGACUGUGACCGGCGAUGCGGCGCCGAUCACUUCUCUGGCUGUGGCAGCCUCGGGUAAGCUUAUUGCUCUUGCUUUUGCCCGUCCGCUCCACGAGACACUAGAGAUAUGGGACAUGAAGAGCGACAGCCUGCUGCGGGCGGUCUCGGGCCACGGCCCCAUCCGCGCUCUUGCCUGGUCGCCGCCCAACUACGACGUCUCGCUCACCACGCUCUCGGCUGCCGAGUCGACGCUUCUUGCCCAGGCUGCCAGUAAUGCCUUGGUCGAGCAGCUUGUUUUUGCCACCGAUGCCCAUAUCCUCCUUCGUUACACUGUUGUAGCUGGUGCAGUGCAUCCCGGCGCAUCGAUCGCGCUUGAUGUUACCGAGCCGGUGACCGCUCUGGCGUGGUCAUCCACCCUCAUUGUCGCUGGCACUCUGCACGGUUCGGUCCACGUCCUCGACCUUGCCCACAACAUGCUUCACGAGUCUGCAUCGCUGCAUGGCCCGGUCACCUCGCUCGCCUUUGCGCACCCUGCCUCGCCCAACUGGGCCAGGCUGCUGGUUGGCUUUGACGGCGGUGGCUUUGGCGUGUGGGACGCGCUGGCCCGCGUUGCCCUCAACCACUCGUCGCGGACGUCGGGCUUGCGGCUUCUAGCCUCCGCGCUGAGCUGGGCAGGCGAAAACCCGGUUGUGCUCAGCCUCGACGGCAUGCUCCGAGUCCUGGAUCCGACGCUCUCGCGUGCUUCGGCGCACAUGUCCCAGCGCGCUACAACAGCGACCACGCUCUCGCUCAUCUCGCCCCUCACCCUCCCACAUCACGUUGCACUCUCGCUCAAGGCCCGCCUUCAGCACGGGCUACAGCCGCCGGAGCUCGUCGCGCCGCCGCACAUCUCGCUUGUCGAGUGCAACUCUGACCGCAUCCGCUCUGCCCGCGACAGCCUCCGUGCCUCCGAGGCUAACCUUCCGGCGCGGCUCCGCGCCGAGCUGCUCGCCGCUUCCGGCCCUGCGCAGCGCGCUCUCGCUGCCGCCUCAUUCUUUGGUGAUCAGGACGGCGUCGAGUUCUGGACCGUUGUCGAGCACUAUGUGCAAAAGGCCAAGCAAGCGCAAAGUGGUGCGGAGCACGCGCCGCGCUCGCAAGAAGCUCCUGCAGCAUAUGAUCUCAUCACCUCGAGCGCGAGCCCGCCUCCCAGCCUGCCGCUCGAAGAUAGCCGGCACGGCGGAUCACUGGCUGCCACUGACUCUGCAAGCGCCCCCUCCUCCGCCAGCAAGGCCAGCGAGUUGCUUCCGCUCUCGGCUCACCACGACUUGCUGCAGGAGCGCGAGGCUGUUGUCGACCGCGACUCACGCCUUCUCGCCAUGCACACCCACAAGCGCGGCGACCACGAGUUUACCCUCACUAAGGUCCAUGCACACAUCCAGCUCGGCGAGUAUCCGGCAGCAGUGCGGAUGCUCCUUGAGACGCCGGUCGACCACCCGGCCUACAUGGUGGACUCGCUCAAGGCCUGCCUGGUCUCGGCUGUCAUGUCACCGCACUCGUUUGUGUCAACGGUCAAGCUGGUGGCGACCGACCUUGUCUCAAAUGGCCAUGUGACUGAAGGCGUUCAGCUGCUUUGCCUCAUCGGCAAGCGGGCCGAUGCCUGCCGGUACAUGCAGUCUUAUGGGCUGUGGCGCGAGGCGGCCUGGCUAGCAAAGAUCGGGCUUGACGAAGCGGCUGCCGCGGUCGUCUUCUCAGCCUGGGCCGAGCACCUUGCCGACGCCGGCGACGUUGACGCCGCGAUCGGUGUUCUUAUCUCGCUUAUGGACUGGCACUCGGCGCUGCAACUCCUCUACAACCGCAAGGCGUACUCGCGGGCAGCGCUGUUGGCGCGGACGUGCGUCGCCGAGGGCCUCCUCGUCGCAGACGGCGAUCCGGCCGCAACUCACCCACGUGGCUCUGCAGGGCGGUCACUCCUCCCGCUGCGGCCGCUGCUGGAGGCGAUUUACCUCGAGUACGGUAUGUUUCUAUAUCACAUCGGCGCUAUGGAGCUCGCAGAGUCGUACCUGCUCCGAGCCGGGCCGACCGGCGAGCACAUGCUCGAGUGCUUGGUCCAGUCCAUUAUCCGCGGGCCCUAGGAGCCACCGCCGGUUGCGUUCUUGGCCAGGAACAGGGCUUGCCGGAGACCGGCGUCACGCGCAAGCUUGGACGUCAGAGUGAUGCCGCGCUGAAGCAGGAGCGACGGCUCGGGCGGGUCUGGAAUGCCCUCCACAAUCAAGGCAAAGAGCUCCGAAAAGGCCUCGUGGACCUCGACGUCGUUGACGGCAGACGUCUCAAAGUACUGCAUCGAGAACUUUUGCGCAAACAUUUCGGCCUGCGACGCUGUCACCUGCCGCAGCUCGGGCCGCACGUCGACCUUGUUGCCCACCAGAACCUUGGGCAACGCCGUGAACGCGUCCAGCUCGUUAAUCCAAUCCUCCAGAUGCUCAAACGACGACUUGGAGUUGACGUCAAAGACAACCACAGCACCCGACGCACCCGCGCACAGCCGCGACGUUAGCCGCAGAUACCGUUCCGCGCCCGGUGCAUCCCAGUACUGCACCCGGUACACCGAGCCAUCGAUGUCGUACGACCGGACCUUGAAUGAUACUCCGAUC